CAAUCGUUCCUCCCAAAGGAAGUGUGUGUACUACCUAGCACCGUGCCAGGCUCGGGCCUAGGGGUGUUUUGUACCACCGUCAUAAAGAAGGGCGCAGAAAUGGGACCUUACCCUGGUCACGUGGUAUCGAAACUCGAUGAGAUGAAGUCGGUGCAUGCCUGGGAAAUUUACAGUCAUAGCGGAUGUUUGAUUGGCUAUAUGGAUGGCGGCCAGAGUCCCGGAAACUGGCUUUCGCACGUGCAAUGCGCGCGCACGGAACGUGAGCAGAACCUUGAAGUGGUGCAGAUUGGAACAAAAAUAUUUUACAGAGCAGUACAGGAGAUCGAGCGGGGUCAAGAACUUCUGGUAUGGUAUGGUGGAACUUACACUCUUUAUAUGGGUAUACCAUCCUCGUAUAAAAAAGAAUCCCAUACAAAAGAGAAAUUAAGCCUUACAACGAAGAAAAAAGCCAGCAAAAAGCAAGAACAUUUACAAAAUGAAGUGCCCAAAUCUAUUAAUUUCUUACUUCCUGGAAAAUGGCACUGUGUUCUAUGUCAACGUGGUUUUAACUCAAGAAGUAACUUACGUUCGCACAUGCGCAUUCAUACUCUAGAGAAACCAUUCUCGUGCAAGUAUUGUUCCAGGAAGUUUAGUCAGUCAUCAACAUUACGAAAUCAUAUCCGGUUACAUACAGGUGAAAAACCAUACAGAUGUAUCAAGUGUAACAGUUGCUAUUCUCAGCUCGCCGGACUUCGUGCACACCAGCGUAGUGCCACGCAUAGACCUUCCAACAAACACUAAAACUGAGAACAAUCAAACAUUUAUAC